GUGCCUCCUCUCACUCCCUCUCCUCCCUCCCUCCCUGACACGCCUCCCCUGGCCUCUUCCCUUCCUCGGCCUCACCUUUCCUCGCUUCGCCUCUCUCCCCCCUUGCUUCCUUUCGCACCUUCCCGUCCCUCUCCUCGCUGAGGCUCGGGAAAGUGAAUCUUUCCUCCCUUCUCGACCUUUAGCCUUGCCUACCAGUCUAGCCUCACCUCCUCUAACUUCACUUUCCCCAGCCUCGCCUCGCCUGAUCUGUGUCCCUCCUCGUCUCUUCUUGCCCUUGCUCGUCUCACUAUCCCUUUCACCCCUGAGUCGCUGCCCCCUCUCGCUUCCUGUUGCUCCGAGUGCAAUGCUUCCUCCUUGUCCCACGUAUCCCUUGCCACUCCUCCCCUGUGUACUAGGCUCGCUCCAGUGUCCUGCACACCCUCAUUCCUCCAUUGUUCUCCUGCAUCUUUUUUUACCGCACUGGCAUCGCCGCAUUACACUCGCAGGUUCGAUGCUUUCUUUCACUUUCUUCUCAUUCUGCCUACUGUCCCUUCUCCUCUCCAAACAUCUGGCAACCUCCCUCCCUUACCGCUUGCGCUUUCAUGCUCUCCUAUUUUACCGCUUGCUUGUACGGAUGCUCGGUCCCUCGUUGGUUCUCUUCUCACCCUGUAGUCUCGGAGUCUUGCGCCGCUCUGCCAUGAGCUCAGAUGUAGGGAAGCAGACGAGUCGGUCGCUCGGCAUCAACGACUAUGAGGAAUCUUACCUCAUCGGCCCCGCAAGACUUCGCCGCUUGCAUCGUCAGCAAAAGAGGAGGACGACGACGGGCUUUCAGCAGCUCAACACAUAUACUCGAUCGACCUGACUAAGUCGCCAACGAAUUUAGCAGGCCCAACCAGCCAUUUCACAUGAAGUCCAAUAGGCGUUUUACCGCUCGAAAGCUGACAGAAGCCUCGCCAAUGUAACCUAGAAGAUACGAAAGGAGAUCUACAUGUAUGACCUAGUUAGAUAUGACCAUACUGUUUGAUAGGGCUACUUUUGAUUCCUAACAAAGAAACUCUGUUCG